GACACAUCUAAACCAUGAUGGCUUCUGCCGCGCUCCCGGAGGCCGUCGAGUCCAAGAAGAAUGGCAAUGUUAAAUAUGCUUUUACCUGCGCCAUCUUCGCCUCCAUGGCGUCCAUCAUCCUCGGUUAUGACAUCGGGGUGAUGAGCGGAGCGUCGCUGUACAUCAAGAAGGACCUCAAGAUCACGGACGUGCAGCUGGAGAUCCUGAUGGGCGUCAUGAACCUCUACUCGCUGAUAGGAGCCUUCGCGGCCGGGCGGACGUCCGACUGGAUCGGCCGCCGCUUCACCGUCGUCUUCGCCGCCGCCAUCUUCUUCGUCGGCGCGGUGCUGAUGGGCUUCGCGGUCAGCUACGCCAUGCUCAUGGCGGGCCGCUUCGUGGCCGGCGUCGGGGUGGGCUACGCGAUCAUGAUCGCGCCCGUGUACACCGCCGAGAUCUCGCCGGCGGCGUCCCGCGGCCUCCUGACGUCCUUCCCGGACUUCUUCAUCAACCUGGGCAUCCUCCUCGGCUACGUAUCGAACUACGCGUUCGCCCGCCUCCCGCUCCACCUCGGCUGGCGCGUCAUGCUCGGCAUCGGCGCGGCGCCGUCCGCCCUCCUCGCGCUCAUGGUUCUCGUCAUGCCCGAGUCGCCCCGGUGGCUCGUCAAGAACGGCCGCCUCGCGGACGCCAGGGCCGUGCUGGAGAAGACCUCGGGCACGCCAGAGGAGGCCGCGGAGCGCCUAGCUGACAUCAAGGCGGCGGCGGGCAUCCCGAAGGACCUCGACGGCGACGUGGUCACUGUGCCUGAGGAUCGAAACAGCAGCGAGACUCAGGUCUGGAAGGAGCUCAUCCUAUCCCCAACCCCCGCCAUGCGGCGGAUACUGCUCUCGGCGCUCGGCAUCCACUUCUUCCAGCAGGCGUCCGGCAUCGACUGCGUCGUUCUCUACAGCCCGCGCGUGUUCAAGAGCGCCGGCAUCACCGACGACAACAAGCUCCUGGCCACCACCUGCGCCGUGGGCGCCAGCAAGACGCUGUUCAUCCUGGUGGCGGCGUUCCUGCUCGACCGCGUCGGCCGGCGGCCUCUGCUGCUAUACAGCGCAGGCGGGAUGAUGGUCUCGCUCGUCGGCCUCGGGACGGGCCUCACCGUCGUGGGCCACCACCCUGACGCGAAGAUCCCGUGGGCCGUGGGCCUGUCCAUCGCGUCCAUCUUGGCCUACGUCGCAUUCUUCUCCAUCGGCCUCGGCCCUAUCACGGGCGUGUACACCUCGGAGAUCUUCCCGCUGCAGGUGCGCGCGCUGGGCUUCGCCGUCGGCGUGGCAUGCAACCGCCUUACCAGCGGCGUGAUCUCCAUGACCUUCCUGUCCCUGUCAAAGGCUAUCACCAUCGGCGGCAGCUUCCUGCUCUACGCUGGCAUCGCGGCGCUCGGGUGCGUGUUCUUCUUCACCUACCUCCCGGAGACUCGGGGACGGACACUGGAGGAGAUGGGAAAGCUGUUCGGCAUGGCAGACUCAAUCAUGGUGGAAGAAGAUCAAGGCACCCGCCGGGAGGAGAAGGCGGUCCAUCAAAGUGGCCGCAAACUAGAUGGAAAUCAAUAAACA